AGCGGCCUAAUAUCUAUAUUGACAAAGGCUAACAAACUAUGGGUGACCGAAACCCGUUGACCCGAUUGUACCAUUUCAUUAGGGAUUCUUACGAACUACCAUAGGCGGCGACUGCGGCAAAGAAAUAGAAACCGUCUUUGUAUGGCUGAGUACGGCACCGACCUUGCAUGGCCGAGUACUCUAACACACGGCGACGUACUGACACUCCCUCCAGUUCUGUUGUUUUCCACGUUACAUCUCCACUCACAUGGGGAUCUACUUUCACUUUCACUGAGUUAUUUUAAAGACCAAAGUUACUAAUAUGCUGAGGUGCAAAGUGAAGGGUGAGCGGUCAAUGAAUACCUCCCUUUAAAUCGGGUUGUGCCACUCAACCACCGUGUUGACAUGGAGACAUUGAGAGUUCACGACAGAACUCGCAACUCACAAAUAUUAGCCGCUGUCAAUUUCCCCGUCCAAGGCAAAGGCAACUCCGUGGUUGGGAUGUAUACAACAAUAGUGAAGUUGGGAUCACCACCAAGGGAUUUUACUGUUAUGAUUGAUACAGGGAGUGACCUUCUGUGGGUUAGUUGCAGUUCUUGCGAUAAUUGCCCUCAAUCUAGUGGGCUUGGGUUUAAACUAAAUUUCUUUGACAUGGUCGGUUCAUCCACGGCUGCGUCGAUUCUUUGCUCGGACCGCCUAUGCCCUAUUGGGGUUCAAGGUGCGGUUGUUCGAUGCCCUCCUCCUACUAAACAGUGCGGAUACACCUAUGGGUAUGUAGAUAAUAGUACUACCUCGGGUGUUUACGUCAUCGAUGAAAUGCAUUAUGAUAUGAUCCUCGGACAGUCCUCUCAUUCCGGUGUUAACACUUCAGGCACUGUGUUUUUUGGUACCCAUCAAGAUGGAGGUUUGACUGAGACAUCAAGAGCGAUUGACGAAAUCUUUGGGUUUGGCCCUGGUCCUCUGUCUGUUGUAUCGCAACUGUCAGCACGAGGAACCAUACCCAGAGCUUUCUCUCAUUGCUUGAAAGGAGAUGGAAAUGGAGGAGGCAUUUUAGUUCUUGGUGCCGUUGUAGAGCCAAGUAUUGUGUACAGUCCCCUUGUCCCAUCACAGCAACAUUACUACUUGAAGCUUGAGAGUGUUGCUGUCAAUGGACUUCCCCUCUCAAUUAACCCAGAUGCAUUUGCAUCAACAAAAUAUGCCGAUAGAGGAACUACUAUUGACAGUGGUACAGCAUUGGCGUAUCUUGUUCAAGCAGUCUACGAUCCUCUUAUCGCUGCAAUAAAUACUAUUGUGUCACAAUAUAGCAGUCCCUUUAUUUUAGAAGGAAAUCCAUGCUAUCCAGACUCAACCAGUGUGGAUAUUUUUCCUUCAGUCAGUUUUAAUUUUGCGGGUGGAGCAUCCAUGGAUGUAAAACCAACUCAAUACCUUGUGCACAAUGAUUUAACGGACGCCGCAAUGUGGUGCAUAGGUUUCCAGAAAGCCGAAAUUGGACUCCAAAUAUUAGGAGAUCUUGUCCUAAAAGAUAAGAUAAUUGUCUAUGAUUUGGAUAAUCAGCGAAUAGGAUGGACUAACUAUAACUGUUCGAUGCCUGUUAACGUCAAUGUGACCCUGAACAAGGACACGAAGAUCAAUCCAAGAGAAAGGCAGUCGAGUUCCAUCAGCUCAAAGUUAGGGAUUCUGUCCAAAUUAUUACCUGUAAUCAUUGUUGCAUUUUUUUUAUGCACAUAAUAUAAUCAUGAUGGAGUUAGAGUUAGCACAUUUGUUAUUUAAUCUCAAUAUUCAAUCUCUGUAAUGUAAUAUUUAUUCUAUUAUGUUUACACCCAUCUUUCAUUACUUUUAUAUUCUAACUUUGUUA